CAGUAGACCACCGGCACUGUUCCUUAUGAACAGUAUGACUGCGCGGACGAUUCUACCCUUCUUCUGGGGUUUGUUUCACGGUUUUGCCACCCGUUGUCUUUUGCUGUUGUUGCUUUCCCGUUUUUUCCUCACCAUCACUCAUUUGGCUCACCCUCUUCCUACUCUCUUUCUCUCUCCUCCUCUAUUUUGAUUUUUAAUUUUGAUUUUUAAUUUUGAUUUGAUUCUCUCUUCGUACUUGCUUCUUUUAUUUUGGUUUUCUUCUUUUUGUUCGCCAUUGAAGCUUAUAUGAGGGUCAUUUCUGGGUACUCUUGUAGACAAUCACUCAGGUUUUGAAGGUGUCAGUGAGAUGGGUGUAUCUGCUGUGAAGGUUUAGAGAUAAUCGACAUGUCAGCAUGGGUUCUGAAAAGUGGCUAGAUUUAGAGGUCUGGAACUCUACUCGAGAUUGCUUUAAUGUUCUGAAGUCACGUGGUUACAGAAUAGCCACUACACAUCUCGGAAUAGAUACAGUUUCUAUAUAUGACAUGGAUUGGUCAUGCCCAACUGCCAUUGUUGUUGGGAACGAGAACAGGGGAAUUAGUGAAGAAGCUUUAGAGUUUUCAGACUUGCACUGCAGUAUUCCUAUGAACGGCAUGGUUGAUUCUUUUAAUGUUUCUGUUGCUGCUGGGAUACUGAUGCAUCAUGCUGUUUUUGACAGAACAUCACGCAUGAAUGUCUUGGCUGCUAUGCACAAGAGUUCCGUCGUCCAUCGUCUUCGCAAAUAUGGAUCAUCUACAAGGCAUGGACUGAAUCCAGAUUUUGUGGAUCUAGAAGGUCAACUCACUCAUGAGGCACCACGGGAAGAUGAGAAAGAUCUUGAGAGUGGUCUUGUUUUUUCCCGUGCCAAAUUUAUUACUUUCAGUAUGUCAAGUUUAGAGGACUCCCUCAGUUUCGACAAGCUGCCUAGCAUGGGCACUCUUGACAGGAGGUUUUAAUUCUUUGACUGGAUGAAAACUACAUCUGCUACAAGAUGGUGGUUGAUGAAUUGGAGGAGCUUAUAUUAGGGUAGGAUUGGCAUAUUGCCUAUAUCCAGCUAUUCUCAUAAGUUUGCAUUUGUUAUACAAAUUUUGGACCAUGUACCAAUUUCUUUUACUAAAAGCUCAGAAUUAUGUUAUUGUAGAGGAUGUAGACUCUGCAGGAUUGUCCUUGUUCUGCCAUUAUGUUGCUUCUUUGCGGCAGCAAGACUGGUGCAGGCAUAGAAGAGCAACAGUGACUUCUCAAAUUUUCUCAACAUGAAUAUUCACAGAAGGAAGAAUGGUGAUUGCUUGAUGUAUAACGUACUGCUAAAAUUACCAGACUGUAAUCAAAGUCUUUGCUUUUAUAUUUUCUUA